UAUAAGCAAUUCUAUUAAAAUAUUUUAUUAAAUAUAAGUUUAGUACAAGUAAUGGAUGUUUUAGGGCCCUUAUCGUGGAGCUCAUGGAUAGCGUUGUCAAUUGUGUCGGCUCUGCCAUUCAUUUAUAUAUUUUUAACCAAAACCUUCAACUACUGGAAAAAACUAGGUGUGAGUGGUCCGACGCCAUACCCAAUAGUGGGCACAAAUCUUUACAGAUUUCUUAAACCAACUCCUAUAUUGGAAUUGGAUUGGUUCGCAAAAUAUGGAAAAUUAUACGGGGUUUUUAAUAAGACUGAGCCCAUAAUAACUAUCGGCGAACCGGAACUCAUCAAAAAUGUUUUGGUCAAAGAUUUUCAUCUGUUUUCCGACCGCAAAGAUAGACCGGUUGACCAUAAGAUACUAAAUCAACAUCUGUUUGCCUCCCGGGGCGACGACUGGAAACGCUUGCGAUCUAUACUCAGCCCUACCUUUACGUCGGGAAAGAUGAAGAAAAUGUAUCCAAUGAUUAGGGAGUGUUUGACUGAU